GUCCGCUGGCUUGUUUCCGGUUCGGUAGGUCCACGAUGACGGAGCCGGGCGCCUCUCCGGAGGACCCUUGGGUCAAGGCAAGCUCCGCGGACGCGCACGCCGGCGAGGGGAGGGCGGGUCGGGCUCGUGCACGUAGGGGGUCCGGAAGACGCGGGGCUCCCCAACUAUCCCCAGAGUCUCCCCUGCUGUCCAGGCCCCGGGGCUGCAGAGAAGACAGCUCUCACCCGGCCUGUGCCAAGGUCGAGUAUGCCUACAGUGACAACAGCCUGGACCCUGGGCUUUUUGUAGAAAGCACCCACAAGGGGAGUGUAGUGUCCAGAGCUAAUAGCAUCGGUUCCACCAGUGCCUCUUCUGUCCCCAACACAGACGAUGAGGACAGCGAUUAUCAGCAGGAAUCCUACAAGGAGUCCUAUAAAGACCGGAGGCGGCGUGCACACACUCAGGCUGAACAGAAGAGGAGGGAUGCUAUUAAGAGAGGCUAUGAUGACCUUCAGACCAUUGUCCCUACUUGCCAGCAGCAGGAUUUCUCCAUUGGCUCCCAAAAACUCAGCAAAGCCAUCGUUCUACAGAAGACCAUUGACUACAUCCAGUUUUUACACAAGGAGAAGAAAAAGCAGGAGGAGGAGGUGUCCACCCUGCGCAAGGACGUCACAGCCUUGAAGAUAAUGAAAGUGAACUAUGAGCAAAUCGUGAAGGCACAUCAGGACAACCCUCAUGAGGGAGAGGACCAGGUCUCUGACCAGGUCAAGUUCAACGUCUUUCAAGGCAUCAUGGACUCCCUGUUCCAGUCUUUCAACGCCUCCAUCUCCGUGGCCAGCUUCCAGGAGCUCUCAGCCUGUGUCUUCAGCUGGAUUGAAGAACACUGUGAACCGCAGACUCUACGGGAGAUUGUGAUCGGUGUCCUUCAUCAGGUGAAAAACCAACUCUACUGACGGUUCCCGGAAACCCGAAGAGCAGCCAACAAGCGGCCUUGAGUGUUUGGUCACGGAACUGCUGGGCCUGAGAUUGGACUGCAACACCUCACACCGGUCAGCUGGUUUCUACUUGGUGUUUGGUUUUCCCAGCCCCACUUGAGCUUCUGAUUAAUUUAUUAUAUUGCCUAUCCAACCUUCCCCUUCCCAGGAAUAGCAUCUAGGGCAAGUCUGUGCAGGGAACCUCAGAACCCCGAGCCUCUCAGCCCCUUCUCUACCUGUUGGGUUCCUGCUCACAAUCCAUAUAUACAAUUUGGAAACUGCUUGCCUCUGCUUGGUCUCUUGGGCAACACUUGGCUCAAGUUUGGGUAUUUUGGCAGUUCUUAAGUUAGAGGAAAAAGAAAUAGCCCCAUGGCCAUGAAGGGUAAAAGGCUACCUUGUGCAUAAGCUAAGGCUGUGUGGUCAAUACUAAGUUAAGGCUAGAGUAUUCUAGCCAGCUUAGGGUAGAGCUGCCAGGUUCCUGCUGCCCCUCACAUUCUGCCACCCACUUCUUCAGCUACUGUGGGUGCUACAGGAAACAGUGUCCCAUCAGCUCUUGCCCUGUCUUUCCCCAAAGGCAGCAUUACGUAUUUGAAUUUAUUUUCUAAAUAUCAACAGUGCAUUUUUGUUACGUGCAGUUUUCCGAAAUUCUUAGCAGACCUGCAAAACACCCCAGCCUCUUCUGCAUAAUGUGUGUUUCCGCCCCACCCGUGUGUUGCCUACAUUUCUCCUAGGAUCUGGGGAGAGAGUAAGUGGUACAGAAGAUACCCAAGUCUUCUGGGGGCAGGCAAGGGUGAUACCUUGGGAUUCUCAAAAUGUUGGUGUGUGACACCCUUUCUGUACUUUUAUCCCGUGUUCCCUACUGCCUUCCCCAGGUUUGAUAUCUGGGAGGUUUGAUCAUCCAGAGGAAAUUAAGUAUUUUUAUAUCAAAUUAUAUUACAAUAAAUAUUACAAAUACUUUA